CUGACACGAAUUUAGUCUGCUUCAAAAUUAGCUCUAGGGCAGUCCUUUUAACUUGGUUUAUCUUAGUUAAUUAAGAUCUCAAACCGCACAAACUAGCUGGGCAGAUACACAGAGCGCACCGUGGUUAGGCUGCAUAUCACAUUUAUUUCUGGGGUUUUGCGCAAUAAAAUGAAGCGGUACUUUGUAGCUAUUUUAUUAAAUGCUGUUUAAAUAAGCGUACUCUCUCGCCAUCGGAAAGAGGAUAGUAGCUCUUCGUGUGUAUUAACUGAGAGAUUGGGAGAAACUGAUGUGUGAUAUUGUAAGGGGUGUGUUAUCGCAUCGGUAGGUUAAAGUUAAUAAAAAAAAUACGCCGCGUUUGGAAUAAGCGAUUCAUUUCACGAUGUUGACCGCAAUUUUUGUAAUUCGAUUUGUCUUGCAAAAAUUUUUAAGAUUUUGCCAUACAGGGUUAUAUGAGAAUCGAACUGCCCUGGCGUGGUUUCCCAUAGGCGUCCCAUGCGGGUGCGCGGACAGAAUCGCAGGGGGGUGCGGAGACGCCUGCCGGACCCUCUGUACCUCCAGCCCGGUGGCCGGAUUGGUGCUUUGCACAGAUGAGCGGGACUGCGUGUUGUUUGAGGGUGUUUCAGGGACGCCGAGGGGUAAACUGCCCGUGCCCAAAGCACCGCGGGGCAAUGGAAAUGGUGGGGUGACGUCACCGGUGAGGGAGGAAGAGGAGGCCUCUGACAAUCACAUCGGCGUGAAGAGCAGCUUGCAGAAGCGGCUUGGUCGUAUAGAGAAGACUUUGUGUGAGAUGGAACGGCACCGACUGGAUUCAAUGUCCGCUACACAGCGAGAGUACGAAUGCGAGAUGGCGGAGCUACAGGCUGCUCUGAAGAGGCUGAACAAGGAAAAGGAGCAGUUGCAUAAUGCCCUGAUCAGAGCACAAGUGAAUAUUUCCAACAUGCAAGUGGAGCUGGAUAUGCUGAAGAUGGAAAACGUAGACCAGCGGCUUCGGCAUGAGAGGGAGAAAAAUGAGCUACAAAAGAUGCUGAUCGAAUAUCAGUCCUACUGCAGCCACACCAAACUUGUCCAGCAAAUUAAGAGAAAUCUGCAUGAAAGCAAUGAUCUGUUCCAGUCCAUCUUGGAGAGGACUGCAGAGUCCCGCAGUAGCAGGGUCCCAUCAAAGGAUGAACACAUUUUGAGAAAACUGAAGCCAUCUGUACAGACCAGCAGCAGCUGGGCUGAUCAAUACCUGGACAGUGGACUGUCUCUGUGGAGAGAUGAAGAGGACAGUUCAAGCACAGAGUUUGACUGUGAGGACCACCAGGAGAAUCUGGACUCUCCUAGCUCUGAUGCUAGCAUUCCUUACUCAAACCCCAAUGGGAUGGACUCUGUUGCUCCCAGCAGACGUCAGUCUGUCUCAUCCACCCGUAGACGUCUCUCAGCCUUUCCCAUCCAGCAGGACAUAGCAGAUGUCAAAGAGACUUCACCUGUCUACAGACUAGUUCUAGCUGGAGAUGCAGGAACAGGAAAAUCCAGCUUUUUGCUUCGACUCAGCACAAAUGAAUUCAGAGGAGAUAUUCGAACCACUUUGGGAGUGGAUAUGCACAUCAAGAAGAUGUUGGUAGAUGGAGAAGAAACGACACUACAGAUCUGGGACACAGCAGGGCAAGAGCGCUUCCGCAGUAUCACUCGGUCAUAUUUCCGCAAAGCCCACGGUGUGUUCCUGUUGUAUGAUGUCACAUCUGAGAGUAGUUUCCUCAGCAUCAGAGAGUGGAUGGACCAGAUCCAGGAAUCCAUAGAUAAACCUGUGUCAAUGUGUGUCGUCGGAAACAAGGUUGACCUCCGGUCCGAGCAUCCUGAGGGAGGCUGUGUUGGCACCGGCAACGGGGAGAAGCUGGCAUUGGAGUACAGUGCUUUAUUCUGCGAGACCAGUGCCAAAGACGGAACCAACAUUGUUGAAGCUGUCCUUCACCUUGCAAGAGAAGUAAAGAGAGUGGUUUUGAAGGAGCCUUUGGAGCCACAUGUGAAGCUAAGUCUAGAAGAUGAGGAUGAGAAGGAAGGAGCAAAGACUGCCAGCAGACGCUGCUGCCGAAUGUAGCCUUUGUGGAAUUCCACAGCAGACAGCAUGGACACGCAUGUACAUCUUGGCAGGAUCCAAAAUGCAAGUUUAUCCAGUUAAACAGCCCAGUCUGCCAUGUUGGUCGUCUUUUCAUUGUCUUGCAAAAUUGCUAAACUGUUUUAUUGCGAAAUUAUUCCUUAGCGAGUCAUUUUAAUGUCUUCAAAACUAAAUUUUAAAUAAAAGCUUAAGUGUCUUACAUUGUCUUAAA